AUGGCUCAAUAUGAUAGUUGUGCUGCAGAUUAUGUUGCUUCCAAGAAAGAAGGCUUUCGAGUUGAUGUAGAAUAUUAUACAUUUCUUUAUCGAAUGCUUCUACCAACUCUUGGAAAAGAACAUCUUACUGCUAAACUUAAUGACGUACUUGCAGGAAAACGUGUGCUUGAUCUUGCUUGUGGCGAUGGACAUUAUACACGUAAACUGAAAGAGCAGCUAGGUGCAAAAGAGAUUGCUGGUGUUGAUAUCAGUCAAGGAAUGAUUGAUAUCGCGCGCGCGAAAGAAGCAGAAAAUCCGCUUGGCAUUACUUAUCAAGUGGCAGAUGCACAAGAUCUUCCUUCUCCAGCUGAGAAAUAUGAUAUUGUCACUGCAUUCUAUUUGCUCAAUUUUGCUCGAACGAGUGAUGAACUGAAACGAAUGGUACAGGCUAUCGACAAACAACUAGCCGACAAACAACCUUUCUUUGCUACGAUUACCAACAUUUGUGGUGAUGCAAAAAAUGGACGAUUAUCAGAUGGUGCGGAAGUUAAAUACACACAAUUCAACGCAGCAGAUGGCACUUCAUUUUCGUACAUAACAUAUUAUCUGUCAAAAGAAACUUAUGAACGUGUUUUUAAAGAAGUAGGCUUUACUCAUUUUCAAUGGGUACCUAUGGAAAGUUGUCCAACAGUUGAAGAUCGAGCAUUCUAUGAUGAUUUUAUUCAGUAUCCGCCUGCUAUUGGAAUCAUCGCCUCGAAAUAA